GUUUAAUCUGCAGUCACGAAUCCCUCGUCAGCGACCACACUUCGUCAUGAAUGCUGUUCUUCCUCAAGAUAUUGUCGAACAGAUCAUCAGACGUGUCUACCCGAACAUGAUUCUCUCCACUGGACUAUCUCGGGACACGCAGGUCAAAACCAAAGGCUCAGGUAUUAUGUCGACCAUCCAGACCUCUUGGAAUGUGUUCAGAUGCUGUCGAUCAACGUGCCACAGCGUGACAGAUGGCAUGGCUAUGGCAGAACUCUCUUAUAACUCACUCCUUCACGUACAGUUCCCCCGAAUUUCCAGCUUCGAAAUCAGAUCAUUUAAUCUCCCACAUACAGAGAAGGACGAGCUGCUCUGUUACUUGAGGACGCGCUUUCCCUUCUUGACAUCACUCUCAAUCAGGGACUCCGGUAUCUCAUUAGACGAGUUGAAUUCUCUCAUAAAGUCCUUCCCUUGUCUAUCUUCCCUUUUUCUCCGUAAGGGGCCUGCUGACUCUGAAGACUCGAGCCGACUGCGCCGAUCAACGCCCUGAUGCAUCUCCGACAUCCAGAUAUUAUUAUAGGAGCGGGAUCUGUAGCCCUCGUCAAAUUCAUCAGCAACAUUCAGGUGAAACCACCAAUCUCACACGUGCGCAUAUACCGAGACAGUAGAGGCCCGCGUCGCAACUUGACGGCGGGGGAGACAUCAUUUGCGAAAGAUGUCCAUGCAUGUAUGAGAGGCACACUAAGAUCGCUGUCCAUCAGAGAUCACCGUAGUAACAGAGACCUCAAAAACUUCCCUCUGUCGAGUCGAGAUUGAUGCGACAUUCGCACAUCACGCACACUGGGUUCAGGAUCUGCUCUCUGACCCUAUCUUUGAUUUUUUGGAUGAAAUCGUCAUCAGGUUCGGAGGAAUCACCGUUCUUUUCAGGGACUAUGUGAAUGAUAUCAUCGAGACCUUCAUCUCUCUCUACGAGUUUCUGAAAACUCUUACUGAUGACUUUCCGGUAAUCAAAGUCAUUCAGUGUCAGUCUCACCGUCACCACUUUCCUUUGGAUGGUAUUUUGAAGGCUCUAGGAAAGAUAUUCCCGCAGUGUAUGUCCUCGGAACUACAGGAAGUGCAGUAUGAGGGAUUCCAGCGAGAGACAUUAGUCGUGGACGGAGAGGGUAAGUCACAUACUCUAGUCAGAAUCACUUUGUUAGUUCCCUUUGUCCUGUUCUAGUUGUAAUCUUGAGCUCGAUAGUCAAUGUGGUCUAUUGGCUCACUAAGUGCCGUAGUCAACUCGCAGACUUGAAGAUCAAAUCUUGA